AUGCCAAUGCCGAGCUUGAUUGAAUGUAAGGCUGAUGAUCCUGACAAUGUUGAGAUUGAAGAGCUCUUUAAACUAAAGAGUCAUCCCUUAGUUGAAGAGCUAGGUCAUUCCUUGACUGAAGAGCCAGGUCAUUCCUUGGUUGAAGAGCCAGGUCAUUCCUUUGCUAAAGAGCCAAGUCGUUCCUUUGCUGAAAAGAUAGCCAGGUCAUUUAUUCCAGGUCAUUCCUUGGCUGAAGAGCUAGGUCAUCCCUUGGCUAAAGAACCAGGUAAUCCCUUGGCUAAAGAGCCAGAACAUUCCUUCCAGGUCAUUGCUUGGCUGAAGAGUCAGGUCAUUCCUUGGCUUAAAGAGUCAGGUCAUCCAUCGUUGGCUUGGCUUGAAAAGGGAGCAAGAGAGUCCCCUGAGCUUGAAGAUGAACCAUACUAUGCUUGGUGUUCUUAA